CGGGGCCUCGUGGGGCGGGGCCGGCGGGCGCGGAUGGCGGCGGCGCGGCGCGCUUGAGCGGGCGCCCUGGGGUUGGGGGGGCCAUGAGCACCUCCCGGCCCCAGUUCAGCAUCGAUGACGCCUUCGAGCUCUCCCUGGAGGACACGGGUCCCGGACCCGAGUCCAGCGGGGUCGCCCGCUUCGGGCCGCUGCACUUCGAGCGCCGGGCCCGCUUCGACGUGGCCGACGAGGACAAGCAGUCCCGCCUGCGCUACCAGAACCUAGAGAGCAGUGUGGACGGAGCCCAGGCCCCACCUCAGCUGGACAGCCGAGUCAGCACCAGGGAUUCUGGCCGGACAUCCGUGCGAGGCUCCCAGUGGUCCUUCAGCACGGGCAGCACCAGCACCCAACGCUCCUAUAAUGCCUGCUGCAGCUGGACCCUACACCCUCUAAUCCAGAAGAACCGUCGUGUUGUGCUGGCCUCCUUCCUGCUCUUGCUGCUGGGGCUGGUGCUGAUCCUGGUUGGUGUAGGACUGCAGGUGGCACCCUCUCCAGGUGUCUCCAGUGCCAUCUUCUUCGUUCCUGGCUUCCUGUUGUUGGUCCCAGGAGUCUACCACGUGAUCUUCAUCUACUGCGCUGUCAAGGGCCACCAGGGCUUCCAGUUCUUCUACCUGCCCUACUUUGAGAAGUGACGCGGGGAGCCUCGCACCCGGGAUCCGGGCUCGGAG